AUGGUGGCGACAUGGCUUACUCCCGGUAAGGGCAAGAAACGUCCUGCUAUGCUGUACUGGCGAGCACACAAGAAUUAUAUUCUGUUUGUCGUUGCGUUUGCAGUUUUCACGGAUAUGUUUUUGUAUGGAAUGAUUGUUCCUGUGGCACCUACAGCUCUUCAGAAUAGAGUUGGGCUUGACGCUGAUCAGCAACAACAAUGGACAUCGAUUCUACUAGCACUCUACGGAGCGUCUCUUCUCGCUACUUCUCCAUUAACCGGCUACCUAGCUGACCGGAUCCAAUCCCGCCAAUGGCCCCUGCUCUUCGGCCUCGUUGCCCUCGCCAUCUCCACGGCCCUGCUCUGCAUAGGCACAAGCCUGGGUCUCUGGAUUGCCGGGCGUAUUCUCCAGGGUGCCUCAACAGCAGUCGUCUGGACAGCCGGUCUCGCCUUGCUCGCGGAUACCAUGGACUCGCAGACCCUGGGUCAAUCAAUGGGGUAUGUGGGCAUGGCGAUGACAUUGGGACUUAUGUGCGGGCCGCUGAUUGGAGGCGUGCUUUAUCAGAAAGGGGGGUAUUAUAGUGUGUAUGGGCUGGCGUUUGGGUUGAUUGGGGUUGAUAUCCUGGCGCGGGUGGUUAUGAUUGAGAGAAAAGAUGCGAUUCCUUGGUUCAAGGCAGAAGAAGUGUCGUUGUCAGAGGAUCAAGGCCAGGAACGUGUCUCAGCCGAAAAGCCACCAAGCAACAACAUCGCACCCAGAUCAAUCGCACCAACACCCGAACCAGAGGCGACAACGCAAGCAGCAGCAGCACCACCGCCACCACCAACACCAUCAGCCCGCCGCUUCGGCCGCCUGCGCACGCUCCUUAACUCCUCGCGCUUGAUGGUCUCCAUUUGGACAUACCUGAUAGUCUCCCUCGCUGUAACAUCCUUCGACAGCGUACUCCCGCUUUUCGUCGAAGAAACCUUCCUCUGGAAACAAACGGCCCAGGGCCUAAUCUUCAUCGCCAUCUCAGUGCCCUCCUUCCUCGACCCCGUCGUCGGCUGGAUCGUCGACAAAUGGCCCUUAGCAGGCCGGUUUGUGUGUUCGGGCGCGUUGUUCGCGUCAGUGCCCAUAUUGGUUUGUCUGCGGUUUGUCGAUGAGAAUACCAUCGGCGAUAAGGUGUUGUUGUGUGCGCUGCUGGCGCUCGCGGGACUCUGUGUGGCGUGUCUUAUGCCGCCGGUUAUGGUGGAGGUGUCGUGUGUUGUGAAUGAGAAGGAGGCUGCUGCGCCGAAUGUUUUUGGGGAGGGGGGUGCGAUGGCGUUGGCGUAUGGGGUCUUGAACUCUGCGUGGGCGGCGGGGAGUAUUAUUGGGCCCUUUUUUGCGGGGUUUAUUCGUGAUGAUGCUGGUUGGGGUACGAUGGCUUGGGCGUUGUCGAUUCUUACGGGUGUGACUGGGGUGCCGGUGUUGAUGUUCCUGGGUGGGUUUAUUGGGAAGAAGAGGGUUAAGAAAGCUUCUAAUGAGCAGGAGCAAGAGUGGGAGCAGGAGCAGGAGCAGGCAUAA